GUUUGUAGCUAUGUGAGAACGGAACAGUGUGUUACUAAGUCAUUUCUUGCCGCCAAACAAAAAAUGUGUUCGUUAAAAUGUUUCACUACGAUGUACAUUAAUUAACUAGAACGUUCAAGUUUUUUGCUCAAAGCUUCAGUGGUUAACGUUAACUGACUUUUUGUCUUACUGGACUUGGAUAGACUAACUACAGUUAAGAUUAAAUAAUGAAACACAGUUUAACAGUACAAAAAAGUGUCAGUGAUAAAAAACUACAAUGAAAACUAGGCUGAAUAAAAUAACUGUUGCUUUCAGUAAAUAAAAAAAAUGAAAAGAUUUAAAAAGUGUUCAAAUUGAAUUUGGAGUGUUCGAAAAUGGCGGUGUGGGUGUGGUUGGCGGCAUUGCUGUGUGGCUCUCAAGCUGCAGUGCUACCACCACCAUGGGCUGAUGUGAAGAGGAAUCCAUGCGCAGCUUUGCCUAGGGGAUGGCUCAUGCUGUACUGGCCGAAGGAUGGGAAGUGCUACACAAUUUAUAAGAAAGGACAUCCAUGUGCAGAAACCCAAGAACUCAGUCCAGGCAGAUGGGGUGGGCGGACUAUAGCUGAGUGCAAAUGUCCUCCCGGUACCGCCCAGCUUCCUCACACGAACACUUGCCACAAACUCUUCGAGAGAGGUCCUUGUAGACCAGGAGAAUACUUCGCCCCCGUCGAGGAGUCAUUCAACAAGAGAGGUGAACGCCAAGGUAUGUGCGUGAGACCUCAACAGUGCGCUGAUGAGACCUUGAUCUACUGGCCUGCGGAUGGCAAAUGCUACUACCGGAGUACCCAAGGUCCUUGCUACCCUGGAUCAGUAUUAGAGGCUGGAGAAGACGGGAUUGCUAAUUGUUCUUGUGAAAUCUCCGGUCCGCAUUACUGGCCUGCAGACGGUAGCUGCUACCCCCACUAUACAAGAGGUCCCUGCGAGAAGGGACAACUGUUCCUGCCAGGACCUAAGUGUGGCUGCGAGAGUCAUCUACCUCAUUAUCAUAAUGAAACUGGAUCUUGUUAUGAAUUAGAUUCUGUAGGCCCGUGUCCAAGAGGUCACACGUUUUCCAUAGCCGAGGUUGCUCCUCACGGCUCCAGAGCUGAAUGUCGAUGCAAGAGCUUCCACGCGCGUGCUGCUGAUGGAGUGUGCUAUCGAUUGUAUACCAGAGGACCUUGUGCCCAAGAUGAGAUGAUAGCUAGAGGUGGACGAUGUACAAAGGUGCCUUGCGCUAGAGGUCGCUUGUACGUGCCAGAACGUCGUCGCUGCUACCGACCUGGUACUCCUGAACCAUGUCCAGCUGGCGAAGUUGUAGCUUUUGACUUCGAGGCUCGACCAGCGAUAGACGGACUUAGCCAUAACGGAGUGUGUGCGUGUGGAAACGGUGCUUGCAGUCGGCGAGAGGUGGAAGCCUGCACCACACGACGCGGAACAGCACCUUACAAUGGAACCUGUCACAUCCUGAACACACAGGGCCCUUGUCCAGAGAACUCCUGGCUUAUGAGGGACCAGAAGAACAACAUCAGGUGUAAAUGCAUGCCAGGGAGGAUCCCACCCAACUGUGAUGAAGACACCAGGGUCGCAGUCAAGAGUUGAUACAGUGACAGUGUAUAAUGAACUCAAGUGUAAUUGAUUGACAGUUUUUUCUUGAAAUCUGACCUUUCCGAGAGAUGUUGACUUAGGGUCAAUAUCUAAAGAUUGGUAUGGUUAAUUAAUAUUUUCAUGAACGAUAUGAUAUAUUGUUGAGAAAAGGAUAGUCAACAACAAAGCCCAUCAUUAAAAAGUAUUUCGAUAAGAUUUAUGUUUGGUUAAUUAACAGGAAUUUGUA